UCACGAAUAUGCAGAGCCUACGUAGAGAAUAUAUAUCUUCUGGAAUUGACACAAAAAUGACUUCAAUGAAAUUGUGCAGCUCAAAUAGCAAUGUGGUGGCCUUUAUACAAAUUGUUUUUUUUCUUCGACUAAAACUGUGUUGAGACUCUAGUGAAAGUAAUUAAUUAGGAAUCGAAUAUCUUGAAUUGCGUAAAGUCUUCCUUUUGUAGAUACUGGUAAUAGACUGUAGUGCACCAUAGUCAGUUACCAAUAUCAUUCUAGAUUGGCUGGUCAUUAGAUUUCUCUCCCGAUCAUACAUGGGGGAUAUUACUUGAAGACGUGAUCCCAGGAGGUGUUAUUUAUUCAAUUCUUCAAUAUUCAUUCCAGGCGAAUACAGCUGUCUGAAAGUGGAUUUACAUUUUAAAAGAGAAUUCAGUUACUAUCUCAUUCAGAUCUACAUUCCAUGCUGUAUGCUUGUCAUUGUGUCGUGGGUAUCCUUUUGGCUGGAUCAGAGCGCCGUGCCUGCCCGAGUAUCACUCGGAGUGACGACACUACUCACAAUGGCAACACAAACAUCUGGAAUAAAUGCCUCACUGCCACCGGUAUCUUAUACGAAAGCCAUCGACGUUUGGACUGGUGUGUGUUUGACAUUUGUGUUUGGUGCGCUACUUGAAUUUGCACUCGUCAAUUAUGCCUCACGUAGCGAUAUGCAUCGGGAGAAUAUGAAGAAGAAAUAUCGUGAAAUUGAACAUUCAGCAUCCGUCGAUCCGGCAACGGAACUGCUAGAACCGGAUGGCUCAACAAAUUUUCAGAUGGUCGUGGCUUUCCAAGUUCCCGACGAGGUCCAAGCGCAUCGAUGUAAUAUCACGGAUCACCUUUCCUCUCGUAUUCGCACUGUUCAACCUCGCGUACUGGUCCACGUACCUAUUUCGGGAGGAAGUAGACGACGAAUGAAUAGCGAAGAUGAGGAGGAGGAUGAACAUCUUGGAUCAAGGAACGAUGUGGCUCGCGGCCAUUUUUAUCAUCCACACACACGUCAUCGGGCACGCAAUCAUCACUCGCACCAUGGUAACCGUCAUCAGCAUUCUCACCAUUCACACUCGCACCAUCAGCACAACAAUUCCUAUAAUCGUCCACGCCAUCGUCAACAACAAUCACCAACUUUGUCAACACAUACGGCAGAUGGUGAUGUCCAACAAUCUUCACCAGGUGGUAUGUCGUCUAGAUUACCAUCGCGUGAUUCAACGUCACCUGUAUCUUCCCGGGUGGUAACACCAUCACCACCACCACUAUUACAUCGCACAUCUGACAAACCAAAGAAUAAAUUUUCACGUUUACCACUGAGUCAAACGGAGAAAUGCUGCUUUGGUCUUAUACCAAUGCGUUAUUUUACCUGUCAUGCUAAGGGAAGUGCAAGAAUUGACGUUUUAGCACGUUUUGCUUUUCCAUUCAUGUUUGUCGUAUUCAAUUUUGCUUACUGGUCUAUGUACCUCUUUCGAGGAGAAGAGGAAACUAAGAUGAGCUGAGGAACGAGUGUAAAUGAUUAUAGAAAGAAUGAAAAUCUAAGGGCGAGUUGAUAUUAAUUUCUUUAAUGGAAAAAGCAUUUUUAUUUAUGAAAAAUUGGAAUAACUUGAGCAAAUUUUCAAUACAAGAAAGAAUAACGCGGAAACAAAUUGAUUGAAUAAUAUCCUUCGUUGAUGUGCUCGGUACAAUCAAUCGUUUAUACCAGGAUUGCAGGUGUCGAGAUCAUACGAUUGAAUGCUCAAACAUAUUAAGAAAGCAACCGGAAAGAAAGUGAGUUAUUAAUAUAAAGAUAAAUUCGGGGAACACUUCUACACAAAACGAGUUUGGGCGAGAAUGAAUCAUUUGAGUGAAUGCGAAAUUUGUAGCAUUAAUAAAUUGAGUGAUGAACCGCGUGCCACAGAGUGACGUUUAUGAAGGGGGUCUCGAUAGUCACGGCCUUUUGAAAUGAUCUAGAAAAACUAUGAAGAAGAAAAGCAGAGAAAUAAAAUAUGCAUACACAUUUAUAAUUAUUAUAUGUAUGUAUCGGCAAGUAUCUUGUUAUAACAGUCAGUGAGUCCUGUUUAUAUGAAAAUGAAGAGAAAAAAAUAAAAAAUAAAACAAAAGAGUAUUCAAUUCAGACUUUUAGCCUCACGAUAUACAACUCGAUGGAGAGCGAAGAAUAGUACAUUAGAGUACAAGGGCACAAAUUUCGUUUUCAACGAAUGUGUGUACAGACCUCGCCUUCGG